AGUCCUCAGAAUGGCGACUAUCACGUCUUAGGAGAAAAUAUAUUCCCGCCUACAAAAUUCAUUAAGGAACAGUUUAAUCCCUUCUUUAUAUGUUAUUCUAAUUACUAUAUCUUAAAAUGAUUAUAGAGAAUCCGGAACAAUUUAAGGCUUGGCUGACUGCAGUUUUAGAACCACUGUGUGAUGCUGAUCCAGCUGCUUUAGCUAAGUAUGUUUACGCUUUAGUCAAAAAAGAUAAAACGUUAGAAGAGUUGCGAGAAGGAAUGGUUGAACAAUUGGAUGUAUUUUUGCAGCACGAAACUAAAAAAUUCGUCGAUUUGCUAUUUAAAACGUUGGAGACUCAAGAAUAUUUGCUACAAACAUCGCAAGUCAAUACGACUGGACAAACUUUAUCUCCAAAAAUAAAUCCUUCCGACCAGGCAGUAAAUUCUCAAGAAUCGACAGAGCCUAUUUCAACCCAGUUACCGACUAUUACGAAUCCCACACUGUCAGUACAAUUGAAUGGUUCUGCAGCUAUUCCGAUAUCAAAUAAAAGAGAAUCUCAGAAGUCUGAAUCAGAAAAAGACGAUAAAGAUAAACGACCCAAAAGCCGAGGUCGAUUUCGAUCUCGAUCAAGGUCACGAUCAAGAUCGUGGGAAAAAGAUCGGCGAAGAUCGAGAAGUAGAGAACAUCGUAGAGAUCGAGAACGCGAUAGAAGUCGAGCGUGGAGAAACAAAUCACCACCAUCAGCAGCUAGGCGACAUGACCGGAGACGAAGCCGAAGUCGUAGUUCAUCAUCAAUACGAAUAAGGAUGCGUGAAAUUGUCGAUAGCCGCGAUCACAGACUGCGAUUUCGCAAUAGAUCACCUACACCAUUACGUUCAAGAUCACGAUCUAAAUCAACUGAGAAAAAAAAUUUAGACAGAAUAGAAAGAUUAGUUGAUACGAGCAGAUUAGAACGCAUUGAUAAUAGCCCAGCUGGUACACCUACACAAGAUAGUAACCAUGGGGAUAUCGAUAUGAGAUUAUCCACGACAAGCCAAUCAAUUCAGAGUGUUGUUGCCGUAACAUCUAAUAUUUCUAACAAUCAGACUGGAGGAUUUUCACUUAAACGACGCUGCCGCGAUUUUGAUGAGAAAGGAUAUUGCAUGCGCGGAGAUCUCUGCCUAUAUGAUCAUGGGACUGAUCCUGUUGUGCUUGAAGAUGUGGCUCUUAGUCGAGUCUUGACUUUCGGACCUCAUGGUGCUCAAGCUCCAGGUACCGAUACAGUCGCUCCAAUACCAGAACCAUCUUUAGGACAAAAUGGUACCGUACAACCACCUCAUAUUCCGCUAACUAGCUUACCACCUCCUCAUUUGCGAAAUCAGCCCCACUCUAAUAUGGAAUACAAUCCAGAUGCUCCAAGUAUGGAACCAAGGAUACCAUGGAGUCGACAUCAAUCAAAUGUUGGAAUUUACGGCCGUGGCGAACGUGAGUUAAUACGAGUUCCCGUAAUUCCACACAUACAUCCACCGGAGACGACUCAUUUACAAACAACUAAUUCACUCAAGCGAAAACAAACUUUUGAUUUCAACCGACUUGGUCCUAAGCAACGUGUAAAUCAUAAUUCUGCUAAUUGUUCUUUAGAACUCAAGAAGGUUCCGCGUACUUUGAACAAUAUUACGCAACUAAAUAAUCAUUUUUCCAAAUUCGGUAAAAUUGUAAAUAUUCAAGUAAAUUUCGGUGGAGACUCUGAAUCUGCUCUUGUUACAUUUCAAUUGCCAUCUGAAGCAAAAGCUGCAUAUCGAAGUACUGAAGCAGUGUUAAAUAAUAGAUUUAUUAAAGUUUUUUGGCAUAACAAUGCUAAUAGUAAUACUGCAUGUAGUGCUAUCGAAAAUGUUCCACCUGGAUGUCGUCCAUCCGUUAAAGAAAGACUCGGUGCUGCUGUACCUUUAUCGAUAAAACUAGAAGAAAAUGAAUAUGUUCCUACUCGUCGAUCCAACGAUGAUCAUCACGAACAAGAAGAAGGAGAAGGAACGCAACAACAACACCAACAACAAAAACAACAACAACAACAACAGCAGCAACAACAGCAACAACUACAACAAAAACAAAUAAUGUCAAAUCAUCUAGUUCCUUCUCAACAAGCUAAAACAAUCAUUUUUACCCGGGAAGAAAAAGUCAAUGCUAUUAAAAAGACACAGGAAAUAUUGGCUGUUAAAGAAACACUAAAAAAAAAACAAGAGGAAAAACGUAAAGAAGCAAUGAAAAUAACUGCCGAUCUUCGAAAACGAAAACAAGAACUUUUGGAUAAAAAUUUAAUGGAAAUUCGUACUUUAAUUGAAAAAGCAGAAAAAAAUCCAGAACAGAAAGAUGCAAUAAUGGCGACAAUUAAAAUCAUACAACAAUCGAUUGAUCAACUACGUAAAGAUCUUGCGGUUAAUGGACAAUCUGGAGUAAAGAAGUCAGUAGUAAAAUCUCGAGAACAAACACAGAAAGAAAUACUCGAUGCUGAAUUGGAUCUUAUGACGGCCCAUCAGGAAGGUCAAGAUGCGGGUGAAUUGCAAAAAAGGCUAAAUGAAUUGAGAGCUCAAGCUGCGGCAUUAGGUAUAACUACGAGUAAAACUGCGAGUAAAAAUGUAAAACCAACUCGAAUAAUUCGUGGUGGUCAUACAUUAACAUAUCGUGGUCGAAGCAAUUAUAUGCAUGUUUCUAUAGAUCAUCGACCAACAAGUCUUCUGGUAUCGGGAUAUGAAACAGAAGAAAAAAUGGAAGUUCUUACUCACUUUCAGCAAUUUGGCAAUAUAAUUAAUCAGUUAGUUGACGAUGCAACACCUUCUAUUGUACUCAACUUUAAGUCAAGAAAAGAAGCUGAGGUUGCAAUGUUAAAAGGUCGUACAUUUCAGGACAGGUUGCUUUCUGUUACAUGGAUUUCAACACAUCAUUUACACCGUGGUGGCUUGGGGGCAGGGAUAAAUACUAAUUCUCAUUCAGUUGUUUCUGUAUGUUCAGAUCAAGUACGAAUUCCCGAUGAAGAAGUAGAUGGAGAGAGUGCCGCUGAAAUAAUGUUAUUAGAAGAAAAUGAAGAAGAGGAAGAAGAAGAUGGAGAGUCUAGAAGUUGGCGACGAUAGCAACUCUCUAAUCGAUUGUGACGCUUUAUAACAAGUUACUUAUAGAUUUACUGUGCUUAUGAGAAAGCAUAUAUUUACUUCGUACGUCAUCAUUGUAACAUUGAAUGAACGUAUAUCAGAAUUUACGUUCCUUAACUUUUCAUAAGGACCCGUGUGUGAUAGGUUGGAAUAAACGUUAUGGUAAUUGUUACAUUAAAUGUAUUUUACGUUGUAACGGUAGCCUAAAAUUCUAUAUAUAACAAAAUUUGAGUAUUGCAAAGAGAAUAAAUAUACUGUGAAUGUUUGAAAAAAAGUCAAUGAAAAAAUGAAUAUCGAAAAAAAGUAAAAUAAUCAUCUUAAUUCUCCAAUAAAAUCAUUAUGUUUUGUAUAAGAUCAA